GCCACAAUGCUGACAUAUCAGCGCGGUUUCUUUUGUGGUGACCUGAGCAUAAGGUACCCUUACCAUGAGUGUACCAUUACCGUGCCCAUGCUACUGGUUUGCAUGCUACUUCUACCCAUGCUGUUCCUUAGCGUUGUGGAGAUUAUGCGCCUAUGCCACAAUUUUCGAUUGCGGCAAUAUCUACGAAAUACCAGUCUGAGUUUGGGUUGUUUCAGCUUUGGUUUCAUUGCCACCUAUUUGAGUACGGAAUUGGCCAAGAAUGUGGUGCGACGUCUAAGGCCCCAUUUCUAUAUGGCCUGUCGGCCGACCCUCAACGACGGCUCUACAUGUGACGACCCCAAGAAUCGCAAUCUCUUUGUCGAACAAUACUAUUGUUCGAAUCGCAAUUUAUCCGCACGUCAAUUGCGCGAACUCUAUGUGUCAUUCCCUAGCGCCCAUUCGUCGUUGUCAUUCUACGCCAUGCUGUUUUUGGCCUUUUAUCUGCACGCCAUCUGGCGGGGUGGUCGUGGUGUGAAUCGUGUCUUGCGUCAUUUGUUGCAAUUUCUGUUUCUGUCGUUGGCCUGGUUUAUAUCGUUGAGUCGUGUGGCCGAUUACUGGCAUCAUUGGUCGGAUGUGAUGGCCGGUGCGGUAAUGGGUAUUAUCUAUGCCACACUUACCGCCAUCUAUGUGGGUAGAUUUCUAAGCUACUACAGUUCGUCGUCGUCGUCAGCGGCGACAGCAACAAGUCCUCAUCAUCAGCACCAGCAUCACAACAAACAGUCAUGUUUGCAUCAAACAUCGAACAAGUUGAAGGCCUCGUUGAAACACCAACAUGUUGGCUCGAGUACGGUAAGCUUUCAGCCGCAGCAUCAGCUUCAACAGCACACGCUGAGUCAUGAACCAGCUCAACAUCAACAGCAGCAGCAGAAAAUCCAGCAGCUUUACAGUGAUCAGAUUUCUGCAGCUUCCACAUUGCCUGGCCUGUCGACCACAUCGACCGCAGCCGCUUUAGAAGCGGUGACAUCGUUAGCAUCCACUGUGGCUGAGGAAGAGCUGGUAACAUUAACAUCAGCCAAAGAGCAUCUUAUUGCGUCGAAUGAGUCCAUAUGGAAGUCGGCAACAUCAUAA